AUGGCGAGGCAAGGCGAGCAUGGUGAAUGGCUAGCUGCUGCGUCUCCUUUGGUCAGAAAUAUUCCACCAUUAAAGUUUCUUCUUCUUCUUCCAUCAGUAGCAGUUUCAGGUCACAUGAUGCAGGGCUCAUUCCCACAUAUUUAUUGGACUCCAUGUACUGCCCAUUGUAUCAAUUUGAUAUUUCGUGACAUUUUCAAGAUCAACCCGUAUGCUUCAGUUUUUAGCAAGGCCACUAAGAUCUAUGCUUACAUCAGUCAAAGGCCAUUGCUAUUAAACUUGAUGAGGAAGUUUACAAAUGAAAGAAAUUUGUUUUUACAUGCAAAAGAAAAACUUAAGAAUCUAGUCACUUCAAAUGAAUGGAAACAAAGCAAACAUGCAAAGGAAAUUGCGGGAAAAAAGGUUGCGAGGAAUCUUAUUUCUCCAUCAUUUUGGGAUGAUCUUUGUAAGGCACUUAAAGUUAGUAGUCCUUUGAUUAUCGUACUUCGUUUGGUGGAUGGGGAGAAAAAACCACCAAAGGGCUAUCUUUAUGAAGCUAUGGAUCUUUGCAAAGAAUCUAUUGCAAAGGCAUUUGGGGGUGAUGAGAGGAAGUAUGAAAAAGUUUUUAAGAUCAUUGAUAAAAGAUGGUCGGAUCAACUUCAUCGACCUUCCCAUGCAGCAGGACAUAUUCUGAACCCGGAGUUAUAUUAUAAGAAUGCAGUUGUUGAAACUUUAGAUGGAGAAGUGUGGGAUGACUACAUUUCAAGUCUAGAUAAGUUGGUCCCUGAUCCUAGAUUGAGAGAUAGAAUGUCAAUUGAGCUUGGUAGAGACCGUUUGUCACCAGUCGAAUGGUGGUUGCAAUAUGGUAACCAUGUUCCAGUCUUGCAAAAGUUUGCUGUUAAAAUUCACUCCAAGAAGAGGAAUAGACUUGAGCUAAAAUGUCUCAAUGAUCUAGUGUACAUUAAGUGCAAUAGAACAUUGAAGCGUCGUUAUAAAGCUCGCGAUACCAUUGAUCCAAUUAGGUUGGAUAAUAUUGAGGAUGUAAAUGAAUGGGUAACUGGAGCACCCGAAAACCUUGCAGAGGAAGAGUUAGAAGAUGGCGGUCUCACUUGGGGUAUUGUUGCUUCGGCAAGUGGAUACUCUGAGGAAGAAAAAGAUGACAACCAAUAUAAUGCUAACACUCUUGUGGUUGAAGAAUUUGGAGAUCUUGAAGAAGAAUAG